AUGAAUCCAAUUGUACACCCAAUUUUCGAACCCAAAACCUCUUCUUGGCAGUAUAUCGUCGUAUGCCCCAAAACAAAAGAAUGCGCGAUCAUCGACCCUGUCCUCGACUACGACCUCGGAAAUUUCGUAGUCAGCACCCAAUCCGCCGAUGCCCUUCUCAAGAUAGUCCGCAAACACCACCUCACGGUCACCCACCUUCUGGAAACACACGCACACACCGACCACCUUUCAGCUGCAUAUUAUAUCCAAGCAACGCUAUGGACAAAAGGCCAUCCGAAUGCCCCAAUCUGCAUUGGGGAAAAUAUUACUAUCGUGCAGAACCUCUUUGCACACAAGUACAACAUCCCCAAAGAAGAACUCAAGAAUUCAUUCGACCACCUCUUUAGCCCCAAUGAGACAUUCCGCAUCGGAGAGAUGACUGCGGUAGCGAUGCACCUACCAGGCCACUCACCGGACCACGGAGGCUACCAUGUCGGGCCCGAUGUGUUUACUGGAGAUACCGUCUUCAUGCCAGAUGUUGGAAGUGCUCGGUGCGAUUUUCCAGGCGGAGACCUGGGAGCUUUGUGGAAGUCUAUGCAGCGGCUUCUAGCAUUCCCUGAUACAACACGAUUAUACACUGGACAUGAUUUUCCGCCUAAUAAUGAGGCUUAUGCCCCGGAUCCUAAGCCGUAUGUCACGGUGGCGGAGCAGAAGGAGACGAACAAGCAUAUGAAGAAUGGAUCUACUGAGGAGGAUUUUAUGGCGUGGAGUAAUCAGAGGGAUCAAGUCCUUUCUGAGCCGAAUAUACUUCAUCAGGCUUUACAGGUUAAUUGUUCGUGGGGGAAAGAUGCCCGGCCAUUCUCAUGA